GGAAAAAAUUGGAAACUCAGUAUACAGUGACAUUUGCAAAACAAAACACGCAUUUUUUAACUUUUUGAGAAAAUUGCUAAAUUAAUAAAUGAUUAAGACACAAAAAUGCCUACAAUAAUUGCAUUAGAUGUAUCUCUGUCAAUGUCGAGAUGUGUUUCUGCUCAGGGAAGUGAAAAUAUCACGUAUCAUCAAUUAGCAAUAUCGGCAAUCAAUCAAUUUCUGGAUCAUCUUUUGGCUAAUAAUGCCAAGCUGGAAUUUGUUUCUCUGAUCAUCUAUUCCUCCCUCUAUGAGGUUGUGGUGGAUUUUACCAGAGAUUAUGAUGCCAUCCGGAAGGCUCUUGGGAAGAUUGAUCACUACGAUAAGACUUGCCUGGAAAAUGUUCUGCAUGCCAUCAAUAGCAUCUUACUGACCAACUGGGGCACUCAGAAUCACUGCCAGGUGCUGGUUUUCACAGACUGUGGCCUGGGAUUUGGGUCAACAUCGCUGGCCAAUGUUAUCUUGAGAGUGGUCAGUUUGAAGCAGCCACUUCCAUUUGCUUCUCCCAGCAAAAUCAACUUUGUCUGCCUGGGGAAUACGCUGGAUUCCCAAUUUCUCGAAGCUACAAAAGUGUACCAGAAACUUCUGGACAUUAGUGGUCAGAAGGGUCAGUUAUUUAUUCCCAAAGCCAUUGAGAAUGUGGAAUUUGUAAAGAUCAAGAAGGAAGAUAAGUAUGGAUCAGCCAAGGAGGAUGAUGUGGUAAAAGUGGAGAUACCUAUUGCUCCUGGACUCACGCGUCAGAGUGUCCGGGAGAUGAUGGAGAGAGUUUGUGAAACCAACUACCGCCAAUUCGAUGCCAUCCUCAACUGCGGCAGUUAUUUCAAACUCGAGUGUCCAGUUUUGAUCUGGCCACCACCACUACCCUACACAUCCACGGAUAUCCUGGGAAUUGAGACCACCAGGCAUAUUUCGCGGAAGAUUGAAGUUUGUGGAUUCAUUAGUAUUUCAGAUAUUGGAUCACCCAUGUCAAUCAGCCGGCAUUUGCUGAUGCCCAAGAUGGAGGAGAAGCCAGUGGCAGUGAAGAAUGAGAAGAUUUUGCGAAGUGGAAAGGCACCUGGGGAAUACCUUUCUGGGGACUAUGAGCGAUUGGAGGCGGAAAUAAAGAAUUUCUAUGCGAAAGGAGAGACGAAUUCGGAUGACGAAGGAUCGAGCAGUGUUGCUGUGAAUGAGUCUACAAGGGAGUCAAUUUGUGUACUGCUCCAUGGUGCCCUGAAGAUUGAGAAUAUGGCUGCUCUGGUGCUUCUGGGAGACAAUUGGUUUGGCUUUAUCUAUUCGUAUGCUGAUAGCAAGAAAAAGUCCAAUAUGAUGCUGACAAUUUUGCCUCCGGGACCUGAUGUAAUUCCCUGGCUGGGAGAUCUUCGGCUACUGGGCACGGUGGAUGAUCUUGUGCCUGGUGAGACGGUUACGGGAUUCCCAGUGAAGCCGGAUAAGAGGAGUUAUUCGCAGAAUUGUGUUGUGUGGAUCAAGCAAACGGGACUGCAGUCGGAUAUACAGAAAGUUUUGAGGCAUGCAAAGAAACUUCCGGAGAAAACUCAGCAUUUCUACAAGGAACUCAAUCGGAUCCGGAGAGCUGCCCUUUCGCUGGGAUUUGUGGAACUUCUUGAGGGCUUAGCGUGCAUUUUUGAGAGGGAAAUUCCAACCCUGCCACCCAAUGCAAGCCCAGACUGUGCCCUGCAGCUCAAGCAUGCAGCGAUGGAACUGAAGAAAUUCAACAGGGACAUGAAGCACUCAAUUAUUCCCUAUCCCACAAAGUACAACCAAUAAACGUGGACAACACACAGAGGAGGUAAGUUAUCUUUUUUAAAUUAGUAUACAUUUCUCUUUUAUAAUAAAUAAUUCAAUAGGAAAAA